AUGGGUUGUGCUGGAUCGACACAGUCUCAAGCAGAAGGGCCAGUGAAGAAAAUUAGGAAGCCAAAACCGUGGAAGCAUACUCAACCGAUCAGUAAAGCUGAGCUUGUGAAAAUGAGAGAAGAGUUUUGGGACACUGCUCCUCACUAUGGCGGUACCAAAGAGAUAUGGGAUGCACUACGUGCUGCUGCUGAAGCUGACAUAUCUCUUGCGCAAACAAUCGUGGAUAGCGCAGGAGUCAUUGUUCAGAACAAUGAUCUCACUACCUGCUAUGACGAGAGAGGUGCUAAGUAUGACCUACCUAAGUAUGUUCUAAGCGAGCCUACCAACUUGGUGGAAGAAAGUUGA